CAAAUAUGUAAAAUCUUUUGGCGACGUGGAAGUUAUCUAACAUAACUGGUUUCAUCGAGAUCACGAGCUGCAGUGCCAUUUGCCUUCCGUGCCACUCAAGGGACAUUCAGCCGAUUUUGACAAUUCACCACAAUUUGCGACGCCUUGUUUCCGCCGCAAACCAUUUUUAUAAAUAUUUUAUCAAGUUUCAAGCAACUAACCCAAUCAUGGAUUACACCGCACUGAUCAAAGACAAAGCGUUUGUCAAUGGCAAGUGGACAUCGGCGGCGAGCGGGAAGACAUUCGAGGUGACGAAUCCAGCCAAUGGCGCUGUCCUCGGCAGCGUGCCCGACAUGGACCAGCAAGAUGUGGUAGAGGCCAUCAAGAUCGCCCACCAGGCUUUCCAGACCUGGAAGAAGACCACGGCAAAGGAGAGAUGUGCAGUGUUGAAGAAAUGGUACACACUCAUGAUAGCAGAACACGAAAACCUGGCGAAACUGAGCACCGCAGAGAUGGGAAAGCCAGUAGCAGAAGGUAGAGGGGAGGUGGCGUAUGGUGCUGGGUUUGCUGAAUACUUUGCCGAGGAAGCCAAGAGAAGCUACGGGGACUUCAUCCCAAGUCCAGUGGCCAGUAAGAGGCUCUUGGCCAUCAGACAACCAGUCGGAGUGGUGGCCAUGAUCACACCGUGGAACUUUCCGUUCGCCACGGUGACGAGGAAGGCUGCCCCCGCCCUCGCUGCCGGCUGUACAGUCGUCAUCAAACCAUCUGAGGAGACGCCACUUAGCGCUCUAGCUAUAUGUGAGUUGGCCGAGAAAGCUGGAAUCCCACCUGGUGUACUGAAUGUGGUCACGUGCUCGCGAGAUAACGCAGCGCCUGUCGGGAAGGAACUGUGCAAGAACCCCCUAGUGGCGGCUGUCUCAUUUACUGGAUCAUCUGUCGUCGGCAAGUAUAUCCUUGAAGAGUCGGCCAGCACGGUGAAGAAGGUCAGCCUCGAACUGGGCGGCAAUGCCCCCUUCAUCGUGUUCGACACAGCAGACCUAGAGAAGGCGGUCGGUGGAGCGAUGACCUCCAAGUUCAGGGCUGGCGGGCAGUCCUGCGUCUGCGCAAACCGUAUCUUCGUCCAGGAAGGCAUUCAUGAUGAAUUCGUUGAGAAACUGGUGGCUGCCAUCAAAGGUUUGAAGGUGGGACACGGGUUGGAGGCUGGGACAACCAUUGGACCAUUGAUCAAUGUCAAGGCGGUGGAGAAGGUUGAGGCCCACAUAAAGGAUGCACUAGCAAAAGGCGCCAAACUUAUCAUUGGUGGCAAGAGGGACGCGAUGGGUGAACAGUUCUUUGAACCGACACUUCUGACUGGUGUUACUACUGAGAUGAUUUGCAUGCAUGGGGAGACAUUUGGGCCUGUGGCCCCCAUCAUCAAAUUUAAAACCGAAGAGGAGGUGCUGUCAAUUGCGAAUGAUUGUCGGCACGGACUAGCCGGUUACUUCUAUUCGAACAACAUGAGUCAGUUAUGGCGGGUAGCAGAGGAGCUAGAAGUUGGCAUGGUUGGUAUCAACGAGGCCGUGCUGCACGCGGUUGAAGCUCCCUUCGGCGGGGUAAAGGAAUCUGGACUUGGCCGGGAGGGAUCGAGAUACGGACUGGAUGAAUACACGGAGAUCAAAUACUUAUGUUUCGGCGCAAUUUAGUCCAUUUGUUUUAUUAACGUUCAAUCGGAAAUCCAUAUUUUGGUGCAAGUGAAAGGUUUGCAUUAGCCUUUGUAUUCUUCCCGGACCUGUGCUUUCGAAGCUAUACCCUAGCAACUUUUUAUUCAUGUAAUUUAUUUUCUCGAUUGAAUAAAUGAUAUGUACUAAA